AUGGCUUCUUCAAUCUACGUUAUUGUUCAUUCUGAUGGUUCCAUUAGCCAAUGUUCGAAUGAAGGAAUCACCUUCUCCUCUCCAUCUGCAAAAUUAGUUCGUAUCAAGAGAGGAAUUACUCUAGAAAGGCUUCAAAGAGUCAUCCACACAAAGCUACAUCGACAAGAUUCUGAGAGGGUGGCUAGCAUACAUUUUCGGUACCCUAUUAGACUUGGCCUAGGGGUUAGUAACUAUACCUGUGUUGAGUUGACGAAUGAUGAAGACGUUGAGGCACUUUUUAAUGUUCACGAUUCUAAUCAACUUCAAUCAGGUAUUGAAUUAUAUGCUACAUUUACUACAGUUGAAUCACAUGCACCACAAGUUUCACCUUCACGUUCACCUUAUGAAAUUUAUCAAAGUUACCAGAACACUAACCCAUCUGGCCCUUCUUAUGAUAUCCCCUCCAACUACGACAUUGAGUCAUACACACAGCUUUUAACUGGUCCAAUCAUGGACCUUAAUCAAAUACCUUCUCAGCCAUUUGAGCAAGCUACACCUUCUGCUUCUCAACCCAAUGUUCAAACCAACAUUGAAGAUCAUGUUGUUGUUGGUCUCCCAACAAAAAAUGUCUUUGAUCCUUUUAGCGAGGACAAAGACGAAAUUCUCUCUGCACAUGAAGAUGAUGAUGAAGAAACCCUCCCAAUUCCAAAUAAUCCACCAUUACAACCAGUAGCCAUAUACAACCCACCUCCACACUUUUUAGAGUUUCCCAAUGAAAUCCAACAAGACACUGAGUAUAGCCAUUUGUUGGAGCGUGAUAUGGUUGUGUAUCCACAUGGAACAUUAUUUGUUGGCCAACGCUUCCAAACAAAAGAACAAAUACAGGACGCCAUAAAUAGAUUUCACAUUGUCAACCAUUGCAUUUACAAGGUUAAACACUCAAGCAGUAGUAGGCUUGUUAUGGAAUGCGUUCACCACGACUGUGCCUGGAGAUGUCGUGGUAUAUUGCGCAUCAGGGAACAACAUUGGGAAAUCAUGAUCGUUGAGGGGCCCCACACAUGUGUUUCCCCACUUAUCUCCCAAGAUCAUAAUAAAUUGGGAUCACAAAUGAUUGCUCAAAGCAUUGGUGAAAUUAUUGAGGUUGAUCCAUCGGCAUCCAUUUCAACCAUCAUAGCCCAUAUCAAGUCCACCAUGGGUUAUACAAUUAGUUACAAAAAGGGAUGGUUGGCCAAGCAACAUGUCAUUGAGAAUAUCUUUGGAAACUGGGAGGAGUCGUACAACAAGUUACCAGGUAUGUUGCAAGCAAUGCAAAUGUAUGUUCCAGGUUUUAUUUGGAAAUUAAAUACGCAACCGGCUUACCAAGGUGAAUUAUUGGACGAGGGGAGUGUUAUCUUCAAAAGGUUAUUUUGGACCUUUAAACCAUGCAUUGAUGGUUUUGCCUUCUGCAAACCAAUUGUACAAGUGGAUGGUACAUUUUUAUAUGGGAGAUACAAAGGUACACUAUUGGUCGCAGUUGCGCAAGAUGGUCGCAACAACAUAAUUCCUAUUGCAUUUGCUGUUGUUGAAGGUGAAACUAGUGAUGCAUGGUUUUUUUUUCUGAAGAACUUGAGGCGGUAUGUAACACCGCAAGAUGGGUUGUGCCUUAUUUCUGAUCGUCAUGAAGCUAUUCGAAGUGCAUACUCAAGAAAUGGAAGUGGCUGGACGGAAAACAAUUCUGUCCAUGUCUAUUGUAUUCGACAUAUUGCACAAAAUUUCAUGCGACGAUUCAAAAAUGCAGCACUGAAGAAGGAUGUCGUCAAUAUGGCCUACGGAAUGAUUGAACCUAGAUUCUUUUACUAUUACAACAUAGUAAGAGAUACUAAUGUUGAAGCAGCUCAAUGGUUAGACAACAUUCCUAGGGAAAAAUGGACAUUAACAUGGGACAAUGGACGACGUUGA